AUGAGCAUUUUGCCAUCGGGGGAGGAUGUUCGUGCUCUACAAGACAUUGCAGGGGCAGCUCGGUUACUGAGAUUACCCCCUACAUUGUGGGAUGCUUUCACUGAACAAGUUGGCAAUCCUGGACAAGACCUACGGGUUUUAGCGGCGCUCCCUGCUCAUGUUGUAGUACACGCAAUAGGUCAGGCUCAAUUAGCAGGGCAUGGGCUGUCAGCAGUGGAAGCCGCACAUGUGGGGUUGAUGUGGCGAGUUUCGAGAUUUCACUUGUACCUCCUGAAGGGAGGAUCUGUUGAUGACUUUAUGGAUGUGGACCCGUGGGAGCCUGAGACAUCCAAUCGACCACAAGUUGGAGUACCUCCGCAGGGAUUCAAGAGCAGUGGCUUGAAAGAGAAAGUGCUCAAGAUGUCCAACUUACUGGACCAGACGGAUGACUCCGAACUGAUGCCACCUGAUGUACAAACAGUGCAUAGCUGGAGUCAACGGUAUCUUCAACUGAUGGGGGAUUUCCCCAAUGAGGAAGAAGAACCGACAGAUGCGCAGAUGGCUGCCUUGGACAAAAGGGUGAACCAGAUGGGGCAAGCUCCGUAUGUGGACAUGGGAGUUUGGUUGCCGUUUGGAAGAAGAGCUUUGAAGAAUCAAAAGCUACGGUCGUUCUUCCCCGUAGGGGAUGGGACGUAUGUGGCGAGAGACUUCCCUGGUCCCCAGAACUUCUUGCAGUGGCAGGCAUCAUGGAAGGUGUUCAGAGUGGCGGCAAUUAGCUUAGACAUUUGUUCUUUAGCUUCACUCAUGACCUACGAGAAGGUUAUCGAAAAGUUGACGGUACAAUGGCCGAAGAACUGGAACUUGAUAGCUCACGCUGAUGACAAAGCGAGGGCAGAGAGGUUGGAACGAUUGAGACGCAACCUUGUCAUCGACUGGAAGGAGGGCAAGAGCGUGCCCUCGGACUUCACCGAGAGCAAACCUUGGUCAGUCUGCUCUAGACUCAUAGCACAAGAUGAAGCCUUUUGGAGUGAGCAGGUGAGGCACCCGGCGACGUCGUGGUUGGCAUCGGGUGGAAGAGGGGUGCCAAUGGCGUCAGCUGAGGCAUUGGCUUCAGCCCACUUUCCGGGACUUGCUGAAGGUCAUGAGUUGGAGACAGGUGGAUCAGGCGACAAGGAUGAUCGUCGACGGCAAGCAAACAGGGAUAAGAGGAUUGCGAAAAGGAAGAGACUUCAAGCAGAUAGAGAAGAGCUCAACAGGUGGAGAUCAAACCCAUCUCAUAGCAAAGGCUCUGGAAGUGGUGGCAAAGGAAAAGGCAAAGGAGCUGGCCAUGGCGUCGAAGCUGAGGUUCCUGAGCGAGUGGCGAGGUGCUUGAAGGAAUCCAAGGACUUCGGGCAGUACAAGAGGACACGGAGUUUCAAGUUUGUUCAUUUGUUUGCAGGCCCUCGGGACGUUUUGGCAACUUCUUUGAGAACAGAAUGUGAAAAAGGAGGCAUUUUGUUGGAAGUUGAAUCGUAUGACAAAUUCAUGAACCAAACACAUGAUCUCAGUGCAGCAGAGCCAUUGGACGGCAUCUUGAACAAGGCCAAGAACAUGGAGUGCGACGGAAGUCAUGCAAGUUUUCAUUGUGGCAGUUUUUCCAGGGCUAGGUUGAACGCGAAAGGAGACGGCCCUGGACCUGUCAGGUCAGGCUCGGAGAUCUAUGGGCUGUCGACAAACAACCGUCGGCAACAAGCUGAAGCUGACAAAGGAACAGUGCUGGCGGUUAGAUCAGGCUUGGUCAUUGCCGAAGGGGUGAUGGCACAACGCAAGAGAGCCGUACCGACCGUCGGCACCUUGGAAAAUCCAUCCGGAUCCGAGACGAGGGAAGAGGGACCAGCUUGGGAACUUCCUGAACUCAAAGACUUUGUGGAGAGGCUCGAAGCGGCGACGGCGACCUUCAACACUUGUGCGUACCAGAACAAGGAGAAGGACAGAUGGUUCAAGCCUGGGAGGAUCACCGGCUGCUUGGCUGAGUUGACUUCGUUGUCAAGGAAGUGUACGUGUCCAAGCGGGGUCAAGCACCAGUCCCUCAUUGGAAAAGCGUUGACUGCCCGUGUAGCCGAGCAUCCGGAGAAGUUGACAAAAGUCUACGCGGUGCUCGUUGCAAAGGCCUUCAAAACCACGUUGCAGAUGGAAUGGUGGAGACAUCAACUGAGAGUCAAGCAGGAGAAGGUCUCUGCAGCCCAAAAGAACUGGAUCGCGAGCAAGAUGAAGAAGCAGGUGCCGCCAACUUCACUGGGCGACUUGGCAUCGUCGAAGAGGUCAUGGACAGCAGAAAAUGUCGACGAGGAUGUGGUCCCAUCAGAUGGCCCUUCCAAAAGGAAAAGAAAGGAAGGGGAAAACAUGCACUUCGUGGGGGGCAUGCGCAACCCGGCCAAGGCGGUGAGUAGGUUGCACAAGUUGGGCGAAGCCGGACAUGAUGUCAGAAGACUGUGGAUGAGAUUUGUGAGAGAUCAUCCCGAAGCGUUGGAGGCAGCCAGCAGCUAUGGAAGCGAGAACUGCAAGCUGGAUGCAGAAACUCUGACGGCAUGGAGACGAGAAAUCGAGAGCUUCUGGAAGGCAAAGGAGUUUGACGACGUCGUCUUGAAGGAGCCUGGGCGCUUCACGUCGCCCUUGGAUGCAAAGCUCUGGGAAGGCUGGCGCAAGUUUUCGAGCGAUCCAGAACGUGACCUGGUUCAGUGGAUCAGAGCGGGAGCACCUCUGGGCAUGGCGGAGGACAUUCGGUAUUCAAGCAUCUUCCCAGUGACUGAUGAAGAGCUGCCGGACCCAGAGGGGAUGCCGGACAUGGAAGCCCAAUUGGGGUUUGACAAUUACAAGAGUUUCAGAGAAGAACCUGAACAUGCAAGACAAGAAGGGGAGCGCUACUUGAAGAAAGGGUUUUGCAUGGAGCUUGACGAGAACGAGCCGAAGGAACAAUUCCCUACAGGCACUAUCUCAAAAUGGGCUUUGAAUUUGAAGGAGAAGGAGGACGGGACCAUCAAGAGGCGGGUCAUUAUCGACCUCUUGAGAAGCGGCGGCAACUCCUGGUGCAAAGUCAGGGAAGGGAUAGUGCUGCCGAGAAUCCAAGACGUCCUGGACAGCCUGAAGUACCUGAGGGAACAUUGCUUCAGCAUCAUGUUGAAGGCACAAAAAGAGGAGUGGCCUUAUGCAGACCAGUGUGAAGAAAUAGAACUGGUGUCAGCUGACUUGGCUGAUGCAUACUGCCACUUGGCGGUGGCGAAGAAGGAGUUGGGAAAUUGGGCAAUGCCAAGCAUCGAGCCAGGAAGAUACCUGGUGUUCACAGCCAUGUUGUUUAGCUUCAAGGGGGCGCCGUUGAUCUUGGGCAGAUGUGCAGCUAGGCUCGCUCGCCUGUUGCAGGCAUUGAUUCCUUCAGAGGAGAUGCAAUCGCAGUUGUACAUGGACGACCAGCGGUGGAUGAUGCAGGGUCCCAGGUGGAGACGACGUGAAAAUCUUGCCCUGAUCUCGUACAUGUGUGGUGCGCUUGGAGUCAACUUGCAAUUCAUGAAGGACGUUAGAGGCACAGACACAACAUGGAUAGGCACAAGGAUGGAACUUCGGCUUGCAGAGGAGGUAUUAAUCCUGUCAAUCCCGCACAAGAUGAUGAACGAGGUCAAGAAAGUGUUGACCAGUUGGGAAAGCAAAGGGAUGGUGCCUUUGAGAGAUGUCAGAGCAGUGACGGGGCACUUGAGCUGGAUAUGCGGCAUCAUCACCAGAGCAAGGUGGUGCGUGAAUAUCCCCUACACCGUCAUUGCGCAGACCAUGAACGACGUGAAGGUGGAGACAGAACGAGCAAGCAGAAGGGAUGACACUCGGCCGAAGCCGCACAUGGUGGCAGUGCAUAGGAUGGAAUUGCCACGUCAAUGGUUUCUGGCGAUGUUCGACAAGACGGACGAGUUUGCACUGAGACAUGAACCCCUUUUUGAAGUACAUCCCACCUUCGCCUUGAUCACGGAUGCCUCUCCACAAGGAGUUGGAGCAACCCUAGCGGACACUGACAAGACCGACAAAGUCUUGGUCCCCUUGGAGGCGCUGGAGAUUCCGGUGACGGAAGAGAUCGCGAAGUGGACGGGCAUCCAAUGGAAGGAGGCGUCAGGCCAGGGACCUUUGGAAGCAUGGGCAGUGCUAAUGGCGCUACGUGAGUGGAAACAUCGCCUGAAGGGGUGCUCGGUGCUGAUCAGAAGUGAUAGUGUUGUAGCACUAGCCACCGUGCGCAGGUCGGCAGCCCAUUCGCCAGUCCUAAAUGGGAUAGGCGCGGAGUUGGCUUUACGUGCAGAAGAGCUGCAACUAGGCCUUUCGUGGCACAACACGUGCCAGGGUCAUGGAACCAGGAAGCUGAAUGGUUGA